AAACAAGCCGCCCUUCUUUCUCUCUCAACCCAGCCGUCUCUCUCUCCUUUCCUCUACCUCUGUUGUGCUAUGCCGUGAACCCAGGCAAGAGCUUCGACGAAGAAGAGGGUUCUUCUUGUCGACAGCUGCCCAACGAAGAUCCAGAUCUCCUCCAUCGAUUUCUCCCUCCUUGUGAAGAUCAACGAGGUUGCCUGCUGGAUGUAAGGGUUUGCUGGUUUGUGAUUUUUGAAGAAGCCUUGCUGCAAUUCUAUGGGUGGUUGAAUGUUUUGAAGGAUUAAAGCCAUAACUUUGAUUUAAAUGGGGAUUGAUUUUUUUUCUAAUUUUUUUCGGUUAUUUGUUUGAAAAAAAAGUUGAAGUAUGAACUGGAUUUCGCUUCACACUGUUUGACUUGUAUGAGGUAUUACAUAUUUAAGAUAUAACUUGAAGUAGUUACUAAAUAUAUUUUUUUGUUUUUAUUCUCAUAAUUUGAUAAACACAAAUGGCUCUCAAAUAUGUUUUCUGAUUCGGUAUAUACCGACAAAGAAAAAAAUUGUUUCCAUUUUGUACUUUUUUGAAGACGCAAAAACUAAAAUGUUACCAAAUCACUAAAUGACCCCUACGUUUUGUGCGUAACAAAGCGGUUGAUCUCAGACACCACAGACUCUUCGUCCAGCUUUCAUGCUUGCUUUCCAAUGGCGGCUUAUCAAUUUCCCUCUCAUUCCACUCCUUCCUCAAAAUCACUGAAACAUCCUUCAAACCCAUUUGUCCGUCUCCUUUCUAAAAAUCAUGGCAUCCUCAUCAAAUCCAGCCCAAGAACAAUAAACCUGAGGGCUAAACUGUUCAAAAACCCUACAAAAACCUCAAAUUCAGAUACACAAAUCCAGAACUUUCAGCAUUGUUUUACCAAAUCUGAAGAUGGGUAUUUGUGCUGUGAAGGCCGUAAGGUUCAAGAUGUCAUGGAAACUGUUGAAAGAAGUCCAUUUUAUCUCUACAGUAAGUCUCAAAUCACAAGAAACUUUGAGGCUUAUAGAGAGGCUUUGGAGGGCCUGAAUUCGAUAAUCGGGUAUGCGAUUAAAGCUAAUAAUAACCUCCAGAUUUUAGAGCAUUUGAGGAAGUUGGGUUGUGGCGCUGUAUUGGUCAGUGGUAACGAGCUUAGAUUGGCCCUUCAUGCUGGGUUCAAUCCCACCAGGUGUAUCUUUAAUGGAAAUGGAAAGACCUUGGAGGAUCUAGUGCUGGCUGCCCAAGAAGGUGUCUUUGUUAAUAUUGAUAGUGAAUUUGAUUUGGAUAAUAUCGUAGCUGCUGCAAGGAUAGCUGGGAAGAAGGUUAAUGCACUUCUUCGUAUCAAUCCAGAUGUGGAUCCUCAGGUUCAUCCUUAUGUUGCCACCGGUAACAAGAACUCCAAAUUUGGUAUCAGAAAUGAGAAGUUGCAAUGGUUUCUAGAUGCUGUGAAGGCAUAUUCUAAUGAAUUGAAGCUUGUGGGUGUCCAUUGUCAUCUUGGUUCUACCAUUACAAAGGUUGACAUUUUCAAAGAUGCUGCAGUAAUAAUGUUGAACUACAUUGACCAAAUUCGAGCCCAAGGAUUUGAAAUUGAUUACUUUAACAUGGGUGGUGGUCUGGGGAUUGAUUAUUACCAUACUGGAGACAUCAUUCCCACCCCCGGAGAUCUUAUUGACACAGUUAGAGAGUUGGUGCUUUCACGUAAUCUCAAUCUCAUCAUAGAACCUGGGAGAUCUCUCAUUGCAAAUACUUGCUGCUUAGUUAACCGUGUCAUUGGAGUCAAAUCAAAUGGGACAAAAAAUUUCAUUGUGAUUGAUGGGAGCAUGUCAGAACUUAUCCGCCCUAGUCUCUAUGGCGCUUAUCAACACAUAGAGUUUGUUUCUCCUUCACAACCCGAUGAUGAGAUUUGUACUUUUGAUAUUGUGGGUCCGGUCUGCGAGUCGACGGAUUUCUUGGGAAAGGAUAGGAAACUUCCAACACCUCCAGUGGGUACCGGCUUGGUGGUUCAUGAUGCCGGGGCUUACUGCAUGAGUAUGGCAUCAACUUACAAUCUCAAGAUGCGCCCACCUGAGUAUUGGGUUGAAGAAGAUGGAUCAAUCUCAAAAAUCCGCCAUGGGGAAACAUUUGAAGACCAUUUGAGAUUCUUUGAGGGUCUUUAGUUUAUAAAAUGUUGCAGACUCUUCCCAUUGUUGCCAUGCCAGGGUUCUAGGCUAGGACUCUUUGUUUUUCUAUCAAGUUAUGAUUUAUUUUCCCCCAUUGGAAUUCAAAAAACAAAUAGAGAAUUGGUGAUGAUGAUGAUGAUGAUGUUGCCGCAGGUUUAAAUGGGUGAGUGGUCAUGCUUUUUUUGAUGUAUUUGUAGAAUUACAAUCUCUUUGGAGAUAGGGGGGAGCAGCCCUUUUAUAGGAUUCCAAACCUGCGCUUUUAUAAACCCUCCACCUUGACCCUUUCUACCAUUUAGUCCGUGUUUGGGUCUUCUGGUCAUAUAGAAUUGGUGCUGUAGUUUGUAGUAGAUAUUUCUUCAGUCUUUUGCAUGUGAUAGGCGGCGGACAUUCCCAAUCUGCAUUGUAAGCUUGUGUUUAAAGAAUGUGUGAUUAGAUUGAUUUUUCAUUUUGAAAGGACCUCGUGAUGGUUGCACGUCCUCUUGCCCAUCUGUAAUAACUUUAUCAUAACCUAUGUGGUAUGCGUUGUAUGUGCAAUGGGUUAAAACAAUUGCCUUGUGGGAACCAUGUCUUGGUCAAGGUAACUUUCGAAACGUGAUGCCUUGUUGUCGGGAUGAUUUGUAAACUCUAAGUGUAGUUUGAGUGGUUAUAGGGAUG